AUGUCUCAAAAUCAAGACGAGGGUAACAAUAAUGUAAAUUUAGGGCCACAUAGCCCUUCUUCGUUCAGAAGUAAACAUUCACAAUCAUAUACACCAAAUCGUUCUUUUAGCGUAUUGCAAUUUACUUCUAUGCAAAAAAGUCCCAAUGUCAGCCUUGGUCCUCGUCCGUACUUUAAUACCCCUAAUCAAUUGGAAAUUGGUAAUUCUUCACAAUUGAGGAACCGUAAUCAAAAUUGGGCUCUUGGUAGUUUAGGAAGUUUACCAGAGGAAAACAAACGAGACAAUGCAAAUGGAGCUUAUGCACAAACUGCUAUUCAAAGUAAUUUAUCAUUGUUACUACAAAAAGAGUCAAAAAACCCUGAUCCAAAUUCAACUGUACAACCAUCACCAUCAAUAGUUUUAGACACAUCAUCAGUUCAAAUAGAUAAUUCAAAAAAACCUGAUGUCACAAAACCUAGAAUUAAUAACGAAGAUAUCCCAACAGAUGACAGUGAAAUUGAGACUGGUGGGAUGGAAAACAGACCAUUACUAAAUAACCAGAUUGGUUUUAAUAAUUAUGGGAAUGUAAUAAUAGAGAAUGAUGAUUAUUAUCCUCAGGGAAAAAUUUCAUGGAUUAAUUGGAUACCAUAUGUUGGAGUUCAUAAUUAUUCACACUAUGAAAGAAUAUCAAGACCAAGUAUUCAUAUCACACCAAAAAAAUUUAUUAGACACAUAGUUCUGGACCCAAUUUCAUACAUUCCUGCUGUCAUACUUGGGCUUUUAUUAAAUCUUUUAGAUGCUAUUUCUUAUGGUUUGAUCAUAUUUCCAUUAAGCAAUCCUAUUUUCGAAAACUUUGGGCCAGAUGGUAUCUCUAUAUUUUUCAUUAGUUGUAUUGUGUCACAAAUAGUUUAUUCUGGUGGUGGCAGCGUAUUUCGAGGUGGUAAUGGUAGUAUGAUGAUUGAAGUUGUUCCUUUCCUACAUUUGAUGGCUGAAACAAUUUCAUCACAAAUUGAUGAAAAUGCUGAGGAUCGUGAAAAGGCAGUAAUCGCUACAACAAUACUUUCGUUUGCAUUAAGUUCAAUUUUAACAGGAGUUGUGUUUCUAUUGUUGGGUAUAUUUAGGCUUGGUUCUUUAGUAGAAUAUUUUCCAAGGCAUAUCCUUAUUGGAUGUAUUGGAGGUGUUGGAUGGUUUUUAUUUGCAACCGCAAUAGAAGUUACCUCCCGUAUUCAAGAAUUUAGAUUCGAUUUAGAAACUCUUAUUCUUUUAUUAAGUGAAAAUAAACCCUUGUUAUGUGGCUCUGCACUUGCUUUAGCGAUAUUUCUAAGGUUUAUCCAAUCUAGAUUAAAUUACAGCCUUGUUGUUCCUUUAUAUUUUAUGAUUAUUCCUAUUAUAUUUUAUGCAAUUGUAUAUAUUUUUGGAUUGGAUUGGCAGGAAUUAAGAGACGAUGGUUGGGUGUUUAAUAUAUCAUUAGAUAAUGACACACCUUGGUAUAACUUUUAUAAUCAUUUUGGUAGAUAA